CACGCGCUCGUUUCCGGAUGUUUAGUGUCGUGCUAGAAUGGCUGCGAUGUUUACGUGUUGUCUAGGCUGUUGCGGAGAUGGCGGAUCGGGGCAUAUUCCCCUCAAAGAAAUGCCUACUGUUCAGUUAGAUACUCAUCACAUGGGCACAGAUGUUGUCAUUGUAAAGAGUGGCCGGAGGAUAUGUGGCACUGGAGGCUGCCUUGCCAACGCUCCUUUGCAUCAGAACAAGAGUUAUUUUGAGUUUAAGAUCCAGUCUACUGGUGUGUGGGGAAUUGGUGUGGCCACACAGAAAGUGAAUCUUAAUCAAGUGCCUUUGGGCAGAGACACAAACAGCCUUGUUCUGAGGCAUGAUGGGUCUGUGUACCACAAUAAUGAGGAGAAGAAUCGACUACCAGCAAACAGCCUUCCUCAGGAAGGUGACAUUGUGGGCAUCACAUAUGACCAUGUGGAGCUGAAUUUAUACCUGAAUGGAAAGAACAUGCAUUGUCCUGCCUCAGGGAUCCGAGGCACUGUAUACCCUGUUGUUUAUGUGGACGACAGUGCCAUCCUCGACUGCCAGUUUAGUGACUUCUAUCACACGCCUCCGCAAGGAUUUGAGAAGAUCCUCUUUGAACAACAAAUUUUUUGAAACACUUCAGCUUCAGCCAGUCUUUAUAUGUUGUUCUCCUCUAUAUCUCAUAGCAACCUCUGUGACACUACAGCUUGACCUUGAUUGGAUAAUGUCAUUGUGUGGCUCAAAUGCCUCCGUUUUGCUCCACUGGUUACUGUGUCUUUCUAUAGCUGCUGUGGAUUGUCAGUGGCAUGUCCUUGAAGGAGUGGGGAUUUCUGGUCAUUGGUUGGCUGUGGUGUGCUUUAUCGGUUUGUGAUGAUGGAAAACCGUAAAAUCCUCACCUUGUGUCAGUGAUAAUCCCUCUGUAUAAACUGAAGCACUUUCAGUUGUUGCAUUCAUUCUCAAUCUGUGUUCAGUAGAAGCCAGACAGUGUGUGAUUUCAAUGGUAAAAUUAUCAGGAUCAGAAGCCAUGCUUUUUUUUAAAAAUUGCUUUACACUUUGAGUUUUGAUUUUAACUAUUACAUCUUAAUCACCAUGCUGACACCUCCCCGUAUUUAUUUGUAUUUAUUUUGAUUCACAUAAAAAAAGUGACAUGUUUGCUUGACAUACAACAAAAUGAUCUCUUUUCUUUGCCUGCAAUACUAAUCACUUAACAAUAUUAAAUUCACUUUGAUGUUUCAGUUUUUAAUUAAAAAUAAAACAGUGUGGGGACAUUGCCAUGUUUUCACUUACAUUCAUGCCACUGUUUCUGUUCUGAAUUAGUACGGAGUUUAAAAAUUACCGGUAAAUAAAUGCACAUUUCACAUGAGGUCAACCAUUGGUGACAGCGCUGACAAAUGUUGUAACAAAGUGGAAUGUUUCCUUAAUGGGUGACACAAAUAUGUAUUAAUACUGACCUCCAAAUCACUACUAGUUUUCCAACAACUGGCCUGUCUUGAAAUCAUAUAUGGUGUAUUUAUUCUAAAUAUGAGAAUAUUACCAGAUGUGGUGCUGGUUGUCCAGAGAUAUUAUAUCAUAUGCUUAAUGUCAAUCUGUUGUGUUGUAUUGGCAUUGCAUAUCAGCUGCUGAAGUGUGACAAAUAUUUCAACUGCGUGUCUUUGUUUGCACUAAUGUUACUGUACAAGCAAAUCCAAAUAUUGUUGAUUUAAUAAACCUUUGUGUCUGGAGGAACCA